GGCCAUAUUUCUUGAUAUCAUUUUUAGCAUCUGCAGACUAACACUUGCUUUCUCCUGAUGGCAGAGCAGAACCAGGGCCAAGAAAAGCAAUUUUGAAAUUAUUUCCUUCUGCACAAGGAAGAUGUCUAAGGAUCUGAGUGACACUGUUGUGCCUCUUGGAAUAAGUGAGAUAAUCUUAAGUGAAGUCUGGGAAGUGUAAAUGUGGAGGAUGUAAGCAAAUAUUGCUAGAAAGCACUGAAAAUUUGCUGGACCUGAGGGAAAUUGCUGGGAAGCAAGAGGAAUAGUGUAAUGGGCCAUGUCUCACCCUAUGUCGAGAUUGCCAGCACAACACUAGAGCUUCAUCCUCACAGACUUUUUCAUUGUUUGUGGCUCAGAGUUCCCUCUGCAACUGCCAACAAACAGCUUAUUUAUGUACAGUCAUCAGUCCAGAAGACAGAAAAGAGAGAUGGCUUUCAUUCCCGGAGACAGAAGAAGACUGCCUCCCAUGUCGUGAUGGAGCUGGAGAGCACCAGGGAUUGCAGCCAGGCUGAGAAGCCUUUCUUCUGCCCUUCCCAUCCCUCAGAGGAGCUGUGGCUGUUCUGCGAGCAGUGUGACCAGCCUGUAUGCCAGGAUUGCGUUGCACAAAGGCACCAGCAGCACCCCUAUGACUUCACCAGCAAUGCUGUGCACCGGCACAGGGACUCCCUGCAGAAGCUGCUGAGAAGCACCCAGCAGCGCAUGAGCACUUUAGAAGAUGUGCUGAGCCAGACUGAUGGUGUGGGCAGUGCCAUCCGUGCUCGUGCAGAGGCCGUGGCUGCGGAGAUCAGUCUGUUUGCCAGAGGAUAUGUGAAAGCGAUUGAAGAGCACCGGGACCGGCUGCUGAAGCAGCUGGAGGACCUGAAGGUGCAGAAGGAAAACCUGCUGCACUUGCAGAAGGCCCAGCUGCAGCAGCUCUUGCUGGACAUGAGGACAGGCGUGGAGUUCACGGAGCGCUUGCUGACAAGUGGCUCAGACCUGGGAAUCCUCGUCACCAAAGGGGUGGUGGCAAGCCGACUGGCAAAGCUGAACAGCGCUGCUUACAGCACCCACCCCAGAGAGGAUGACAGCAUUCAGUUCUCUCCCCAGGAGAGGGCAGGGCAAUGUCAAGGCUAUGAGGUUUUUGGGGCCAUUAUCUGCAAAGCUGUUGAUCCAGCCAAAUGUACCCUGCAUGGGGAAGAUCUCUGCAGUGCCCAUCAGAAUGAACUGACAGGCUUUACCCUACUCUGCAAUGACACCAUGGGAGAGCAGAUGGGGAGAGGAGGAGAAGCUGUGAUGGUCACCAUCACCCACAAGGACAAGAAGGACUGUACAGUCAAACCAACAGUGUGUGAUAAUGGUGAUGGGACCUACCAUAUUUCCUACAGCCCUGAGGAGCCAGGCUUGUAUGCUGUCUGCGUCUAUGUGAAAGGGCAGCAUGUACAGGGCUCUCCGUUCAUUGUGAUGGUGAAAAGCAAGUUCCGCAAGCACCAAGGCAUGUUCCACUGCUGCACGUUUUGCUCAAGUGGAGGAAAGAAAGCUGCUCGCUGUGCCUGUGGAGGGACUAUGCCAGGUGGGUACCAAGGUUGUGGCCAUGGACACAAAGGUCACCCUGGAUGUCCCCAUUGGUCAUGCUGUGGACAAGUCAAAAUGAGCUCGGAAUGUCUGAGCGCGUUGCCCAGCGACAGAUCACAGAGGAGUUUACUCAGGACAGUGGAACUCUGAGCAGCCAGUUGAGCCUCAGGGGCUCAGCUGAGUUCAGGGGCCUCCUACUGGCUGCUGAAUGAGCACAUGGCGCAAGGAUCCCCACAACUAAUGAAGAGCCAUGUUGCCAGAAAACAACACAGUGAUGGGUAUGAGCUGAGAAAGGAGGGUGAGGGAGAAUAAAACUGUGCCUUAUAUUCUA